AUGGAGACCAAGAACAGCUCAGUUGUAACAGAAUUCAUCCUCCUUGGCUUGACCCAAUCUCAAGAUACUCAACUCCUGGUCUUUGCACUACUCUCAGCUUUCUACUUAAUAAUUCUUCCUGGAAACUUUCUUAUCAUUUUCACCAUUAGAUCGGACCCCGGACUCACAGCCCCACUUUACUUCUUCCUGGGAAACUUGGCCUUCCUGGAUGCCUCCUACUCUUUCAUUGUAGCUCCUAGGAUGCUUGUGGACUUCUUCUGUGAGAAGAAAGUCAUUUCCUAUAAAGGCUGCAUAACUCAGCUGUUCUUCCUGCACUUUCUCGGAGCGGGGGAAAUGUUCCUUCUGGUUGUGAUGGCCUUUGACCGUUAUAUCGCUAUAUGCCGUCCUUUAUACUACACAACUCUCAUGAGCCCUAGAGUCUGUUAUGCAUUACUGUUGGCUCUGUGGCUCGGGGGCUUUGCUCAUUCCAUCGUGCAAGUGGCUCUUAUCCUGAACUUGCCCUUUUGUGGGCCAAACCAGCUGGAUAACUUUUUCUGUGACGUUCCCCAGGUCAUUAAGCUAGCCUGCACUGACACCUUUGCAGUGGAGCUCCUGAUGGUCUCUAACAGUGGGCUCCUCUCCCUCUUAUGCUUCGUGGGACUUCUAGCCUCCUAUGCUGUCAUCCUCUACCAUGUGAAAGGGCAUUCUUCUGAGGGGAAGAGCAAAGCCGUCUCUACGUGCACAUUUCUCAUGUUCGGGCCUGCCAUUUUUAUCUACACCCGCCCCUUCCAGGCUUUCCAAGCUGACAAAGUUGUUUCUCUCUUCCAUACGGUCAUCUUUCCCUUGAUGAAUCCUGUGAUCUAUACACUUCGCAACCAGGAGGUCAAAACUUCUAUGAGGAAGUUGUUAAAUCAGUAUGUGGCCUGCUGA